UUCCUCAGGCUCGCGGCCGCGGGGCAGCCGCCCACGCAAGCAUGGCUGCGCCCAGCUCGGGCGCGUAUGUUUGUUUCGGUCGUGGGGCUGGGCUUUAGGCAGGUAGUAUUUAGUUUCACAAUGUUUGGGGAUCUAUUUGAAGAAGAUUAUUCCAGUGAGUGGAACAGUCAGUACGGAAAAGAGAAGAAAUUAAAGACCAAGGUUUUGGAGCCACCAGCUCCUAGAGAAUUCACCAAUUUAAGCGGAAUUAGAAAUCAGGGUGGAACCUGUUACCUCAAUUCCCUUCUUCAAACUCUUCAUUUCACACCUGAAUUCAGAGAAGCUUUAUUUUCCCUGGGCCCAGAAGAGCUUGGAUCGUUCGAGGAGAAGGAUAAUGCUGAUGCAAAGGUUCGCAUCAUACCUUUACAGUUACAGCGGAUGUUUGCUCAGCUUCUGCUCCUGGACCAGGACGCGGCGUCGACCACAGACCUCACGGACAGCUUCGGGUGGACCAGCAAUGAGGAGAUGAGGCAACAUGAUGUGCAGGAACUGAAUCGAAUUCUCUUUAGUGCUUUGGAAACUUCUUUAGUCGGGACCUCCGGCCAUGACCUCAUCCAUCGUCUGUACCACGGGACCAUCGUUAACCAGGUUGUUUGUAAAGAAUGUAAGAGUGUCAGUGAGAAGCAGGAGGACUUCUUGGAUCUAACGGUAGCAGUCAGAAAUGUAGCAGGCUUGGAGGAUGCGCUCUGGAACAUGUACGUAGAAGAGGAAGUGUUUGACUGUGACAACCUGUACCACUGUGGCACUUGUGACAGGCUGGUUAAAGCCGCAAAGUCGGCCAAAUUACGUAAGCUGCCUCCCUUUCUUACUGUUUCGUUGUUAAGAUUUAAUUUUGAUUUUGUGAAGCAUGAGCGAUACAAGGAGACUAGCCGUUACACGUUCCCUCUCCGGAUCAAUCUCAAGCCUUUUUGUGAACAGAGUGAAUUGGAUGACGUGGAGUAUGUUUAUGACCUCUUCUCGGUUAUUAUCCACCAAGGUGGCUGCUAUGGAGGCCACUACCACGUGUAUAUUAAAGACGUCGAUCAUCUGGGAAACUGGCACUCUCAGGAGGAAAAAAGUAAACCAGAUGUCCAGAACGAAGAAGAGAUUGACGAUGAUCCAUUGAUAGUUCUAAAAGCAAUCUUACUCCAGGAGGAGAAUAAUCUAAUUCCUGUUGAUCAGCUGGGCCAGAAACUCUUGAAAAAGAGAGGAAUAUCUUGGAACAAGAAGUACAGGAAACGGUAUGGACCACUGCGAAAGUUCUUACAGCUUCAUUCUCAGGUGUUUCUGCUCAGUUCCGAUGAAAGUACGGUUAGACUUUUGAAGAACGGUUCUGCCCAGGCCGAGCCUGCUCUCCAGAGGCAGGAGCAGCGCCUCUCCCAGACGCAUGCCUCAGAGUCCCCGGGGCCACAUGAUGGAGACUCCUGCCCCCACUGGUUUGACAUAAAUGAUUCCAAAGUCCAACCAAUCAAGGAGAAAGAUAUCGAACAGCAGUUUCAGGGUAAAGAAAGUGCCUACAUGUUGUUUUAUCGGAAAUCCCGGUUGCAGAGACCCCCUGAAGCUCGAGCCAAUCCAAGGUAUGGGGUUCCGUGCCAUUUGCUGAAUGAAAUGGAUGCGGCCAACAUUGAACUGCAAAGAAAAAGGGCGGAAUGUGAUUCUGCAGACAGUGGUUUUGAAUUGCAUCUCCACCUGAGCCCCCACUACCAUUUCUUCAAUGGAGCUCUGCACCCGACAGUCUCUCAAGCAGAGAGCAUGUGGGAUUUGACCUUCGAUAAAAGAAAAACUUUAGGAGAGCUUCGACAAUCAGUAUUUCAGCUGUUAGGAUUCUGGGAAGGAGACCUGGUGCUCAGUGUGGCCAAGCUCGUCCCCGCAGGACUUCACAUUUACCAGAUGCUGGCCGGAGACGACCUGACGCUGUGUGAAGCAGGAAUUGAGGACGGGGAAGACAUCUUUGUCUGGAAUGGGGUGGAGGUUGGUGGCGUCCACAUCCCGACCGGCAGCGACUGUGAGCCUGUGCUCAUCAAUGUUCUUCAUCUCGCCGCCAGCAGCGAGGGGGGCAGGUGCCAGCAGGUGGUGGAGGCUCCCCGCGUGUUCCCGUCCGACGCGGAAGUGCGGGCUGUGCUCACGGCCUUGGCGGUGCCCGGAGGCGCCCUCUUCGUUGGCACCACUGACGCCGUCGGGGAAGAGCGUUGGGUCGCCAUUCCCGAGGAGGACCUGAGGAAGACGUUCCGAGCGCAGGGCCUCAGGAACGGGAGCUCGCUUCUCGUGCAGGCGUCUGAUGAUGGGAACAGUUUGCUGCUCAGACAAGGGAAAUGGUUCACUGGUAUGAAUGAGGUCAACUGGCUCCAAGUUCAGAAUUUAUGCGGGGUAGAGUCUGAGGAGAAGCAAGUUAAAAUAUCAGUGACCACGAGCACCGUGGUGCUUGAGGUUCGAACUAAAGCCAUAAAGGAAUUAAAAUUAAUGAAAGAACUAGCUGAGGACAGCUGCCUGAGGCCUAUUAACAGAAACGGGAAGCUUCUCUGUCCAGUGCCCGACAGCUGCACGGUGCAGGAAGCGGAGCUGAAGAUGGGCAGUUCGCUGGGGCUGUGUCCUGGGAAGGCCCCGACUCGCUCACAGCUGUUCCUGUUUUUCACUGUGGGGAGUGACGCUCAGUCCGGGGCCGAGAUGGAGAUCAUAGUAGAGGAAACAACGUCUGUGGGAGACUGUUUGAAGCUCAUGCUGGCGAAGUGUGGCCUCCCGGGAGACACAUGGCAUUUACAGAAAACAGACUGGUGCUUUGAAGCGGGGGAGCCUUUAUGUGAAGAAGACGCGUCCCUGAAAGAACUCAUGGUAUGUUCUGGAGAUACCUUGCUUUUGAUUGAAGGGAAACUUCCUCCUCCGGGUUUCCUGAAGGUGCCCGUCUGGUGGUACCAGCCUGGGGGCCCCUCGGGUCACUGGAAGAGUCAUUGGGACCAGAUGGACGGCUCCCCUGCUCCAACCCAAGGCGCUCCGGGUGACCUGUACGCAGAGGCUUCCCUCCGCCACGUGGGGGACCUCGAGAUCUCAGAAGAGGCCACCUUGUUGGAGCUGAAGGCCCAGGCCAUGACCUUGUCCUCCUCCGAUCUCGGCGUCCCGUCCCCAGCCUUCCUCAGAGCCUGGACCCUGGAGAGCAAGCGCCCCAGCAGGCUUUUACGGAUCAACCCGCAGCGGCUCACGGACUAUAAACUGGGAAGGAAAACAGAGAUCUGUCUAGAGCCCCUUCAGAAAGAAGAAAACUUGGGGCCCCACGACGUGGUGCUGAGGACCCAGAUGCGCAUCCCCGGCAGGAGGGCGUAUGCCCCGCACGUGGACUUGGUGUGGGACACUGCCCAGGGCUGGACCGCCUGCUCCCUGAGGCAGUGCGUCGCCCACUUCUGCUCUCUUCCUGUGGAGAAGAUCGAAAUCGCCAAGUAUUUCCCCGAAAAGUUCGAGUGGCUUCCGGUUUCCAGCUGGAACCAGCAAAUUACCAAGAGGAAAAAGAAGAAAAAACAAGAUAAUUUGCAGGGGGCGCCUUAUUACUUGAAAGAUGGAGACACUAUUGGUAUUAAGAACCUCCUGGUUGAGGACGACGAAGACUUUGGUGCCGUCCGAGAUGACCUGGGGAAGGAAUCACAGAAGCAGCUCGCUCUGGGGAGACAGAAAAGCCCAGAAGCCCUUCACGCGAAGAGCAGCGGCGCUUUCUCCCGCGCCAAGACGCCUGCCCGGGCCCGCGCACCAGAAGCGUCUCUUUCCAUCCACGUUGGGAGUUUCAGAUAACGCUGGUGGCGGCCGGUGGCCCCACGGUCCCAGCGCCCAGCGGGCACUCUGCGCCGGCCACAGUUCACCAAGUGCUGUCGUGAGCGCCGCUGUGUGGCUUCCGACCUCUGCGGACACGAUUCCAGACCCUCCGCUUUCCUACAGGCAGAGGGACGUGCCACCUCCCGCCAGGCAAGUGCACUGCGUCACGUGGCCGAGCCACACAACCACCGGGGGCAUGCACAGACCGGCCGUGCCCCCCGCUGGCCGAUCACGCGCUGCCCUUGCACCACACGUGACCCGGCCGCCAUCCGAAUAAGGAAGCGCACAGAGAGCGCGGCUCGCUGUAACCUCGGCCGCUCCGGCGUCCGCAGCGCUCACGCUCUGGCUUCUGCUCUUCAGACGGGGUGGUUGUAUGUGUGUUAACACGGAUUCCCACAGCUCAGCUCACACCGAGGGGCUGGCCAGGCUCGUGCUGGGACGCAGAGGGGGUUCCUGGCCCCCACACACCACAGGAUUCCCUUCGGUCUUCAUUAAAACCGAUUCUAAAGCAGUAGCUCUUUUCAGAAUGAGGGGACAGGGUGGCCCCUCGGGCUCAGCGGACGCUGCUGAGGAGAAGGGACGCUCAGGCGUGGUGACCCCGGUGGCGGUUCAGGAGCCCUGUGCUGUCCGUGAGCAGAACCUUCUCGCUGCUGCACACGCUGGAGCCCGUGUCCGGAAGCCUGGCGUGGGCUGAGCCACUGACCCCAAGCUCCCUCCAAACAAAACGAGGAUCCUUUUCUUCCGAAUUAAGCGUGGCUAACACUCGCAGGCUUCACCGGCGUCUGGCGCAUCGGCAUCUGGCCCCAAGCCGGCUGGUGAGGACCCCGGGACGCGCGCUGCCGGCCGGGCCUGAGCAGGAUUCCUGAGACGGGAGCGCGUUCACUCUGACCUCAGGGGAGGCUCUGGGGCAGCUCUUGGCGUGAGGCCAUGACGUCCCUUCCCGCCAGCCCAUCCCCGCCGCUGCUGAGACCACGCUCGGCGGCGGGGGGUGGCGGGAAGUCAGGUGUGAGCUCCAUGGACACGCAGCUGGCCCCCGGCACAGUCACAGCCGCCAGGGGAGACACCGUGUCUGGCGUCAGGCCCUGGGUCACGUCCCCGUUUGGACUGAAGUGGUGGCACCGUGAGAAGGCAGAUUUGGAGCGCAGGCUGCUCUUGGGCCCCAGACACUGGAUCUGCCCCCGCCCCCCACCUCUCGCAGGUGUAGACGGGCUCCACGGAUGCACCUUGCGUGGCUCCCGUGAUGCCAACACCAGACGCGAGGGGGGCGUGGCUGGAAGCCCGUCCCUCUGCAUCCGUUCCUUUCACACGGGCUCACUGUAAGGGCAUGGAAUAGUGACGUAGUAACUAAAAAGCUGUUCUGGAGAAGCCCGAGGCCCUGUAAGACGUUACUAGCGGAGACCGCCUGGGCGCACGUGCCUUCGUCCUGCCUUCUGUCCAUCCUUCGUCCUUCCACGCGGGGGUGGGGCCUCGUUCAAUAAACCAUUCUUCCCGUCGU